AGAUCGCCCAGGCUCCAUCCGGACCUCUCGAUCUUGAACUCUGACCGCAUCUCUGACCACAACUCUGACCACAUCUCUGACCACAACUCUGACCACAACGGCCUCAUCUGGCUCUUCCUCCCGCUAUCUGCCCUUGCCAACACCGAAUCUCGAGCUGCUCCGCUGAUCCUGAGCCAUGCAUCUGCUCGUCUGCCAUCACGGCCUAUGGGGCAACGCCGAGCAUCUCCAGUUCCUCACCAACGCCAUAUCGCAGCGCCAGCCUGACCUCAAGCUCCUCUGCUGCAACUCCAAUCGAGGCAUCAAUACCCUCGACGGCAUCGACGUCUGCGGCGAUCGGAUCGUCCGCGACAUCCUGGAGCUGCUCCAGUCCGAGCCGUCCAUCACCGAGAUUUCGUUCCUGGGCUACUCACUCGGCGGUCUGAUUUGCCGGUACGCCAUCGGCAAGCUCUUUGCCCACGGCACCUUCUCGUCGGUGCAGCCCCGGCUGUUCGUCACCAUGGCAACGCCGCACCUCGGCAGCGAGCUGCCCAAGGUUUCGAUGUGGAAGCCUCAUGUUGCCUUCUUCAACCGGGCCUUCAACACCCUCACCCGCACCUUCACCUCGCGGACGGGCCACCAGCUCACCCUGCGGGACCAGUACCACGACGGAUUGCCGCUCCUGAUCAUGAUGGCCGACCACGACUCGUGCUUCAUCCAGGGCCUGCAGCUCUUUGCGCGGCGUGCAUGCUUCGUCAACGUCCAGAACGACCCCACCGUUCGCUUCACGACGGGCUCGAUCGAGCACUCGAAUCCGUAUCGCAAGCGGCCCGCCGAGGUGAUCGACCCACAGUACCCUUCGAUCGUGCGCAUCGUGCCGAGCGAGGACGCCGUGCUCGUGUCCCGGCCCUUCAACCCCACAGACAUCCCAAAGUACGGCAUGUUUAUCCUCCUGGCUCCCGUUUUCAUCACCAUUGCCCUGACGGCGCUCUCGUCCUAUGCGCUCUACCACCGGGCCAAUCGCAUCUCUGGCAUCGACGUCGAGAACGAGUGGUUCAAGGAGUUCAAACAAAAGGCCCUCACCGAGUCAUGCAAGGACGUCCUGGACUCGACCACCACCGGCGAGGCCGAGAGCCACCAGCACAUUUCGGCGCUGCUCACGCAAGAGUCGACCAACAUCCGCCACUGGAUGGUCGACAACCUGAACCGCCUCGGAUGGGAAAAGGUCCAUGUGCGGCUCGAACAGCGGCGUGCGCACGCUGGCAUCGUUGUGCGGCGAGCCAGUGACAAGACAACCGACCAGGUCUCCUAUCUCGUCGACAAGUACUUUACGGACCUGGAUUUUGUGUCGACCGCCAAGAAAUAGCUGCCACCCAAAGAUUUAUAAAGUGUCGGAGGGAAGGAAGGGGUGCUCGUGUCCUGAACGAGAACAUCGGAGCAUC